CUUGCCCAAGCCGCCGGGCCGCCGCCGCCGCGCGCCCCCCGCUCGGCCACACCCUCGCUGGCAUCUCGCCGGGCACCGCGGCCGGGCAUGGCUGGGGCCUUCGCGGGGCCCCUCAGCCUGCCCAUCGCGGCCCGCGGCCAGGCGGCCGAGCCCCCCCCCGCCGCCGGCGGCGCCCCCGCCUGCCCCCAGCGCGUGCGCCCCCUCGGCGACUGCCUCAACGUCUGGCGGCCCGGCGCGGCGGCGCCGGGCGCGCCGGCGCCCGCCGCCGGGGGCGCCCGCUUCGUGGAGCUGGGCUCCGUGCCCCUGCCGGCGCCGCCCCUGGCUCCGCGGGGCGCCGGCGCCGCCCUGAGCUGGCCCGGCCCGCGCCCGCUGGAGCAGCCGGCCGCGGCGGCCCUCGGCACGGCGGCGGCCGCCGCCCCGGGCCCGGCGCUGGGCCAGGCGGCGCCCGUCGCCCUGUCGCCGACCGCGUCCCCCACGGGCAUGGCGGAGGGCUCGCCCAUGGCCGCCUCGCCCCUCGCGGCCGGCUCGCCCUUCGGCUUCCUGCCCGCCCACCUCAAGUCCCCGGGGCCCCUCGGCUCCCCCGUGCACGGGGCGGAGGCCGGCGUGCCGCGGAGGCCGAAGCCGAGGGCCGCCCCAGCGCGGCGCCUCUGAGCUGCGGCGCGCGCCCGCGCUCGGGGAUAUCGGGCAGGUCGGCGGCGCGCGCGCGGGCGGGGGCGGCGCGACGCGGGGGGGCCUUCUGAGAUCAGGCAGGUGCCAGUGUUGAGUCGCGCACGCCCCUCUACAGGAGUAGUAUGUUCGAAUGCAUGGGCAGAAACGUCACUAUGGCCUGCAGGAUCUGGUGAGGCCAUGCAACCUCUUGCUCAAUCUGAUUGAACAUAUUCAUGAAAAACUGCCUGACUGCAGGCGGCAAUCUUCGCACAUCAGAAGCAACUAAUCUGUCGACGCCUCUGUCCUUGUCGGGCUGAGCGCGGAG